AUGGUAAAAAAGCUUCGUGAAGGUUGUAAAACACAGCGCACACCAAUUCAAGUUACAACUACGGACGGUGAUCCCUCAACUUGGCCAGAAACAAACCUUCGUAUAAGAAGUGGUUACUACGCAUUCUUCUAUUAUGAGGUCGUUGAAGAUAGUCCAAUUUACAGACAAUGGAUGGAAACACUUGGUGAUGCUAUUUCAGAAAUUAAAGUAAAAGAUGAUGAGUCUUUUAUCUUGCAAGGAUUUCCUUCCGGGUACAAACUUUUCUUCCACGCGAAAUAUCCGGCAUCAUCAAAAAUUAAGCGUUUAUCCUUACCUAUGACCGCCGUGCAUCAUACUGCUGAAAAGAAUGGAUUAAUUGAACGGACUGACAUAUACUUAUUUGGAUUACCUAGUGGAAGACGUUUCAGAUCGAAAAAUGAAUUUAUACCGCAUUUAAAAUGGUUACACUCGGGAAAAUCGGGAAUUUGUGAAUGUAAAUAUUGUAAUAAAACGACCAGAAAGCAAAAGCAGCCCACAAAAAAGUUGUGUUUAAAGCCUACCAUCAAGCAUAUUUCAAAGUUCUCUUCCAAGAAACUUAAAGAGGUCAAAAACAAAGAAAAGAACAAAGAAAAGGACAAAAUCUUGCGUGCAGAUUUGGAUCGUGCAACCUUGUCGCUUCUUUUUGGUCCAGUGUAUCGUCCCAAAGAGAUCGUUUGGAUAGUUGGACCAAAUCAAACUUUGAUGAGUAAUAAUUCGGAUGAAUCACCUAAUGAAAGGAAUACUGAGGAAUAUUAUAAUUGGCCGGGAUAUGUGAUGAGCAUUUAUGAACCGGGGGAAAGGUCGUCAGAUUUUACACUUGUACGUGAGACAAUUUAUGAAAUACAACUCUUGGCAAUGGAUAGAAUAAGAUAUUAUCCAGAGUCAUCGUUGAUCCCAUGGAUCGCACGUAAAGUCAAUCCGGCUAUGACAAGCCCCGGUGCUGACCCACUCAUAGAUGUACUUUUCAGUGAGUCAAUCAAGAUUGCCGUUGCUUGUCAAAGGUCGUACUUAAUGCAAAAAGAAUAUAAAUUCAAAGUAAGCAAUGACGUUAUUGCAUCAACCGAAGAUAAAGCACAAAAAAAACGGCUUAGAAACGCCAAGAAAUGCCCGCAUUAUGAUGAAAUGAUAUUCGGAAAUGAAGUAAUCCGUUCGAAUGAUUUGAUUAGAUUGACUGUAGAAAAUGAUGAUGAUGAAGAACUAAAUUCCGCGUCGUCUUCAUCAUCAUCGAAUAAAUUUCAGGAGAUGGAAUUAUUUAGAAUUUGUACUAUGUAUAGACUUGCAAAUGAUCGAAUCCAAUUUACGGGAGACUUAUAUUUCAGGAAAGAUGAAAAUGAAAAUAUUAAGGAUUUGGGAAUGAGUGAGGAUGAUGAAAGGUGGCAAGGGACGCUAUCAAUUGGAAAGUACAAAUAUGUCCCAAGGAAUUUUCCACAAGAAGAAUAUACGGUUGAUAUAGAAGAUCUUGCAGGUCGAUUCUACAUAGACUGGGAAGAUUUUGUCGGGGUAAUGAAUCCUACUGAGGAAAAGCAUUCCAAGUUCCUUGAAGGUUAUCCUAAUGAAAUCAAUGAUCGAAUGCAAAUUCAGGGGGAAACGACACCAACAUUGCAUUUCGAGAAUCAUGAAGCGACACCAACUUUGCAUUUCGAAAAUCAUGAAACGACACCAAUAUUGCAAUUCGAAGCGACACCCGUAUUGCAAUUCGAGAAUCAUGAAGCUAUACCUAUGUUGCAAUUCGAGAAUCAUGAUAGUUUUGAUGAAACAGAUUCUCAGAUGAGUGAUGUUAAAUGUUUAAAUGAGGAUUCAUUUUUUGAUUUUAGUGCGAUGGAUGAUGAUAGUGAUACUGAAGAAGUUGAACUUGAUCUUAAAAUGAUGCAUCGAAAUUCAUUACUAAGACGAAUCGAUUUAGAUAUCAACGCGAUAGCCGAUGAGACAGACAUGAAUAACGUUGAACUUGAUAUUACAACGAUGCAUCAAAAUUCAUUGCCAGGAGAUGAUGGAGAUGACGUUGAGCUUGACCAUACAAUGUUGCAUCAGGACUCAUUGGCAAGUUCGUUCGGUGCUGUAUCUUUAGACUUAAAUGAGAAUGAUAUGGAUAAUGGGACUGAGAUCGAUAACGUAGACCUUACAAUGAUGCAUCAUAAUUCAUUGCGAGCUUUCCAGAUUUAUGAACACGAACAUGAAGCAAAAUUGCCGGAAUCACACCCAAAGCAAUCCAAGGAUAGCAAUGAUGAACAAAAAAAUGGAUAUCCGAUUUCUUCUUAUGGGAAGAUAUUAAAGAAUGUAAUUUGUAUUAUUGAAGAUGGACAAAUGAUUGUUCCUUGGUCCAUCCUGAUUUAG